AUGGAGAAGAGGGCUGCUGCCGUCGAUGAGCUCGUCGGUUUCGCUGCUGGCACCACCGGUGGAGGAAGCGGUGCCGGUACCACUGUUUCCGACUGCGCUGGCCUGACUGCCGCCGCUAAGAAGGGUGGUGUCAUCAAGAUCAAGGGUACCCUCACUGGCUGCGAUAUCGUCAAGAUCAUCAGCAACACCUCCGUUCUCGGUGUUGGCUCCACCGCUGGUAUCACCGACGGUGGCUUCCAGGUUAGGAAGGCCGACAACGUCAUCAUCCGUAACAUCAAGUUCUACCGCGCCCCCGAGGGCAAGGACCUCAUCGACAUUGAUGAGUCCACCAGGAUCUGGGUCGACCACAACGACUUCUCCUCCGUCGGUAUCACCGGCGACAAGGACACCUACGACGGUCUCCUUGACGCUAAGCACGGCGCUGACUCUCUGACCUUUUCCUGGAACAAGUUCCACGACCACUGGAAGGGCUCUCUCGUCGGCCACUCCGACAGCAACGCCGCGGAGGACACGGGCAAGCUGCGCGUCACCUACCACCACAACGACUUCCAGAGGGUCAACUCGCGUCUCCCCUCGGUUCGCUUUGGAACUGCCCACGUCUAUAGCUCCUGCUACAACGGCGGUAUCUCCGGUGUCAACUCCCGUAUGGGUGCCCAGGUCCUUGUUGAGAACAACUCCUUCACUGGUGUCGACAAGGCUAUCGUUACCAACCUUGACUCUGAUGAGGAGGGCUUCGCGAACGAGCGCAACAACAUCUUCACCUCUUCUACUACUCAAAUCACUCAGAAGGGUACCUGGACCCCCAGCUACAAGUACACUGCUGAUGCCGCUGCCUCCGCUUGCAGCAUCGUUGCCAAGUCUGCUGGUGUUGGUGUUGUCACCUUCUAAGCGCUUGCUCGAGAAGAAACAUUCAAAACCAAUGGAUAUCAGUCCGAGGGGACGCCUUAGGGCUGAUGGCU